UUAUCUUGUCUCUGUUUUGUUUGUCAAAUAAAUACUCAAAUUUGUCAAGUCAAACUAUUUGUUUUUGUAUCGCUGGGGUCUAAUUAAAAAUCUUGUGCGUAACUUAUUUGUAUAUUAGUAUAAAGCUCAAAUAUGACUGAAAGAAAUGGAUUUGAGGAACUCCGAGCAAAAUACAAGGACGUUUUAUCUAAAGCAUUUGCAACCAACAAUAUUGAUUUGCUGGAUUCCUUUUCAAAAAAUACAAAUGAGACUGACAGGAAAGCGGCAAUGGACCAAGCUUUCAGAGACAAGCUUCUGGACUUGUUGAUUGAGGAACCUGAUACCCUUGAGUCUUACGUCUGUUUCUGCAUAGAAUCAUGUAGACGACACAUGGUAACUCCUACCAUGCCAGUUGUACUUUUAGGCGAUAUAUUUGAUGCCCUUACAUUAAACAAAUGCGAAAAAAUGUUCACAUAUGUAGAAAAUGGUGUGAACAUCUGGAAAGAGGAUUUAUUUUUUAUUGCAUGCAAAAACAAUUUACUCCGGAUGUGCAAUGAUCUUUUGCGGCGUUUAUCGAGGUCUCAAAACACAGUAUUUUGUGGCAGGAUACUUUUGUUUCUUGCGAAAUUCUUUCCAUUCUCUGAACGGUCAGGUCUUAAUAUUGUAUCAGAGUUUAACCUUGAGAACAUAACAGAAUUCGGUGGAGACAGUUCUAGUACACUAAAAGAUUCGCUGGAUGAAGAUAUGGUGGUGGAAGAUGAGAAAAGCAAGCUGAGUAUUGACUAUAACCUGUACUGCAGAUUUUGGAGCCUCCAAGAUUUCUUUAGGAAUCCAAAUACAUGUUAUAACAAGAUUCAGUGGAAGACAUUUGUUGCACAUUCCGGCAGUGUGCUAUCAGCAUUUUCCUCAUACAAACUGGAAGCUGUUGAACUACAGACGUCUAAAAUGAACAGACUUAAGCCAAUGACUGAUGUGGAGAUGCAAGAAACCAAAGAGCAGCAUUACUUUGCAAAGUUCCUCACCAAUCAGAAGCUUCUAGAGCUUCAGCUCUCAGAUUCAAACUUCCGGAGAUGUGUAUUGAUACAGUUUUUGAUUCUGUUUCAGUAUUUGUCAUCAACUGUUAAGUUUAAAAUGGAAUCUCAGGAACUUAAACAAGACCAAGCAGAAUGGGUGAAAGAGACAACUAGUCUUGUCUACAAACUGCUUGGUGAGACUCCACCGAAUGGCAAGAAGUUUGCAGAGUGCGUCAAGCAUAUAUUGAAGAGGGAGGAGCAUUGGAAUAACUGGAAGAAUGAUGGUUGUCCAGAAUUCCAAAAGCCGAAGCCGCCAGUGCAGUCGGACUCGGACGACAUCAGGCGCCCGAGCAAGCGGCGGCGGCCGGUCGGUGACAUCAUCAAGGAGUAUGAGGGCCAAAACAAACACUACAUGGGCAAUAACGAGCUAACAAAAUUAUGGAAUUUGUGCCCAGACAACUUGACUGCAUGUCGCACAAAGGAAAGAGAUUUUAUGCCAUCAUUAGAGUCGUACAUGGUGACGGGGGCGGAGCCCGGCGCGGGCGCGGGCUCGGGCAGGCGCACGGCGUGCGGGGGCUGGGGCUGGCGCGCGCUGCGGCUGCUGGCGCGACGCUCGCCGCACUUCUUCGUCCACACCAACAACCCUAUUGGAAGGCUGCCGGAUUAUCUCGACGAUAUGGUGGAACGCGUAGCCCGCGAGGUGGCGGCCAACGCAGCGGCGGCCAACACCAACGGCGACGCCGGCAACGAUAAGGCUGAUAAACAGGAGGCAGCCGAAGAAGAAAUCACAGAGGAGCAAAUUGAAGCUGAUUUGAUAAAGGAGGGAGAUACGGCUGAUAUUGAACAGGUCCCAGAUUCCACCCACGGAGGCGAAGAGGACUACGACAAAUCCACCCGAUCCCGAGUCACCAUGAUAACACCCACCCAACUCGAAGCGGUGUCCACCAAACUUGCGGACUGGAAGAAAUUAGCUGUAAAACUUGGAUACAAACCUGAUGAAAUACAGUACUUUGAUAGUGAAAACGCAACAGAUCCGGCAAGGGCGAAAAAUAUGCUGCAAUUGUGGUUCGACGAUGAUGAAGACGCCUCUGUGGAGAACUUACUCUAUAUCAUGGAAGGGUUAGAGUUCACCGAGGCAUGCGAAGCAUUAAAAAACGCUAAAUGACAAAUGUUGAAACGUAGUUGUAAGAAAAGAAUCGUAAUAAAAAGUUCGAAUAAGUAA